AUGCGUACAUUCAGGCAAUUCUUGCUAUCUGAAGGCUUUGUCGGGAUUCAUACUCCAAAGUUGAUAGCAGGCGCCAGUGAGGGUGGCGCAGCUGUGUUCAAGCUAGACUAUAAAGGGCAACGGGCAUGUCUGGCACAGUCACCUCAGCUUCACAAGCAAAUGGCAAUUUGUGGUGAUUUUGGCGGUGUUUUUGAGAUAGGUCCAGUUUUCCGGGCUGAGGACUCUUAUACACAUAGACACUUGUGUGAAUUCACUGGUCUUGAUGUUGAAAUGGAGAUAAAGGAGCAUUAUUCUGAGGUGAUGGAUAUUGUGGAUCGGUUAUUUGUUGCAAUGUUUGAUAGUUUAAAUGAGAAAUGCCAGAAAGAGCUGGAAGCCAUUGGAAAACAGUAUCCAUUUGAACCUUUGAAGGAAGCUGGUGUUGAAGUGGAUCCUCUAGGGGACCUGAACACAGAGUCAGAGAGAAAGCUUGGACAGCUUGUUUUGGAAAAAUAUGGCACUGAGUUCUACAUACUCCAUCGCUAUCCCUUGGCCAUCCGUCCAUUCUAUACCAUGCCUUGUGCUGAUGAUCCUUUGUAUAGCAAUUCUUUUGAUGUCUUCAUCCGAGGCAAGCAUUUGGUGAGGAUGGCUUCGUCAAAGUAUGGUGCACCGCCACAUGGAGGAUUUGGAGUGGGGUUGGAGCGUGUUGUCAUGCUCUUUUGUGCCCUGAACAACAUCCGCAAAACAUCUCUUUUUCCUCGUGACCCUCUCAGGCUUGCUCCAUAG